AUGUCUAUUACAGGUUUACCAAGUCCAAUUAAUUUCACCAAAUGGGUUGCUGAAAAUGGUGAUAAGUUAAAACCUCCAGUUAAUAAUUUUUGUAUUUAUGAUGGAAAAGAUUUUAUUACAAUGGUGGUAGGAGGACCGAAUUCUAGAAAUGAUUAUCAUUUAAAUGAAACUGAAGAAUGGUUUUAUCAAGUGAAAGGUUCGAUGUUAUUAAAAGUCAUAAGUCAUGAAAAUUUUGUAGAUAUUAAAAUUGAUGAAGGAGAAAUGUUUUUAUUACCUGCUAAUACUCCUCAUAACCCUUGUCGGUUUGAGAAUACUAUUGGAUUGGUUAUGGAACGUAAACGUCCAGAAGGAUCAAUUGAUCGUUUACGUUGGUAUUGUCAAAAUCAUGAAAAACAUUCCAAACCGUUUAUGAUUAGAGAAGUUUCAUUUCAUUGUACUGAUCUAGGUACUCAACUUAAACCAUUAAUUAAUGAAUGGAUGGAAAAUGAAGGACUACGUAAGUGUGGAGAGUGUGGAGAAAUUGCUGCUGGUUGUUAA